AUGGUUGACGGGUUCACACGGUACUUUUCUUUGGAGGCAUUCAUCGUUGUGCUUCGGGAGACGAUCGAGCUGGCGAUUAUUAUAAGUGUCUUGUUAGCCUUUGUGCAUCAGACAUUUGACUCGGAAAGCAACAAGGAUGACGGUGAUAAAAUAGCUUCAAACUUUAUCUUACAGGAGGAAGGACUAGAGGUUAUUCCUGAUGGAACGGGAACCGGAACCGGCAGUAAUAAUGGUCUGGAACUGUCACCUGAAUCACCUGAACCAUCUGAUUCCCUAGCAUUCACAGAUUAUUCCAAAAGACACCUUAUCAUUCAGAUCUGGUUGGGAGGCUUACUUGGACUCGUUUCAUGCUUUGCCAUAGGAGGUAUAGUCUUGACUGUAUUUUAUGUUCUUGGACGCGACUUCUGGAGCCUGGCCGAGAAGUAUUGGGAGGGAGUGUUCUCCAUAGUUGCCAGUGUUAUCAUCUCCAUAAUGGGCAUUAAGUUGUGUCGCAUCAAUAAGAUGCAACGUAAGUGGAAACAUAAAUUGGCAUUACUAAUUUCCCGUCGUCGGGUAGCAUCUAGGGAUGCUAAUAGCUUAUAUGGUAGUUUGCAAGUUAACCAACUGAAACCUAAAGGCAAUUGGUUCACUCAAACAUUUGAAAAGUUGAAUGACAAAUAUGCCAUGUUCUUCUUACCCUUCAUAACGACCUUAAGAGAGGGAAUGGAAGCCGUUGUAUUCUUGGGAGGAAUCGGUGCCAAUGAGAACAACACUCCCUUAGGGAUGAUCAAUGCUUCCAUAGCGGCAUUGAUCUGUGGGAUAGUUGUGGGUAUUAUUUUGUAUCGUAGUGGAAGUUCGAUGUCUUUGAGUGUAUUUCUUGUGGCCUCUACCUGCUUUUUGUAUUUGGUAGCAGCUGGCUUGUUUUCCAAAGGAGUUUGGAAUUUUGAGUUACAGCGAUUUAUUGAUAAAUGUGAUGGCUUUGACGUUACGGAAACUGGUCAUGGUCCCGGAUCAUACGAUAUCAGUGUUAGUGUGUGGCACGUUAAUUGUUGUAAUGGAGAACUUAAAUCAGAUGGGGUAUGGUGGAUGUUAUUCACAGCCAUCUUUGGGUGGACAAACUCCGCUACAUAUGGCAGUGUCAUCAGCUACAUAUUGUAUUGGGCGGUAAUUGUUACAAUAUUUCAAUGUCUUAUGUACAAGGAUACGCAUGGAGUAUUUCCUUGGAAGAGUAUUACUAAUACCCAAAGGUAUGAACCUUUAGAUUCUGAGAAUGAGAACCGCCUGGAAUUGGAAUCAACACCAGCUUCUACACCGCUAAGAAGUAGUAGUGAUUCUAGGCGUUCAGUGGAUUCCAAUGUCCCAAUGCUCCAAGGGCAAAGCUAA